GUCACAACGGACAGAAAAGAUAAAUCAGCAUGCGUUUGCAAGUUGAAACAUCGAAGAAGAAACUGAAGAGCUUUUUGGACCCAAAGGUUGCCCAGAAUCUUGGAAUCUUUCUUGCUGGGUUUAAAAUGGAUGCUGAAGAGCUGAAGUUCAGAUUGGCUAUUGUGUCAGAAAAUAAUGGAGGACUCGGUGCAGAACAAAUAAACAUGUUAAGACGGUAUUAUCCAACAGCGGAAGAUAUGGAAACUUACAGGAAAUUCAAAGACAGACAGGCAGAGCUUGAACAUGCAGACCAAUUCAUGUUGCAGCUUUGUGAGAUUCCCCAUCUUAAAACAAGGUUGGAUGUGUUGAUGGUCAUCAAUGAACUCCCUGUUCAAUAUGAAGACCUUGCUCCGCAUCAAGUCAACAAAUCCCUCCCAACUAUAUCCGUCAAGUCAAGCCAAGUCAAGUCAAGUCUCCAAGUCACGUCAAGUCUCCAAGUCGCGUCAAGUCGCGUCAAGUCAAGUCAAGACAAGUCUGCAACUACUCAUCAAGAUAGGCCCCCUUAAGUCUUCCCUUUUAUAUUCACUGUAUAGUUGUAUUAUUUUGUUUAUUAAUAUGAUAUUAGAACCCUGGGUUUUCAUUUUAUAAUAUAGGUAUUCUCUAUGUGAGGAUAUUUAUAUUAGCAUACAGCGUAUGAAAAUUUUUCUCAAUUUAGCCAGAAACGAAUAAAAGCCACUGGUUUAUAGCAAAAUAUAAAUAAAGCGUAACCGGUAAAAAUCAAUUGUGUCGGCUUGAACGCAUUGACAAAUCAUGCCCGCUACACAUGUUUUGAAAACGAUGCAUCAACCAAAAUGCAGUGAAAGGAUAAUAUCAAUAAAUGUGGCUGGCCAACGCUGUUUGUAUCUUA